GAACGAAUCCAAUGCCUUGAAGCUGUGAAAAUGCACCUGCUUCUGAACAUUGAACCUGGCCUAUCUAGUUUACAUAGUGCAAUAUUAACAUCCUUGUCCAGCGCUUACUGCCAAACAGGUCUGCUUCUCCUACUUCGUUUGGGAAUUGAGAUUGUUGUUAAAAUACAAUUUCUCCACCUGCUGGACAUUGGUAUUCUUAAUAUUCAAACAAGAUAGUACAAACAAACAAGAUUGUACAUGAUCGUAUACUGCCUAUAGUAGAUAGGUGAAAGACUUAGUGAAAUUGAUCUACCCUGAUAAAAGAUAUGCUUUGAAAUAGAAAUAAAAAUCUUUGAGAAGGCAUUUUCAGUCAGGCAUUCCCCGCGGUCAGUUCAUAGACUCUCUGUGAGGUCCUUCACUGAAACACCCUUCUAAGAUGGCAGCCAACAGCAGCAGCACGGGCAACAAAUCCGGCAGUGGCGGUGGCGGAAAACAGUCCGGCCUGACCGCAGAACAGGUGGUGGCCACAUUUCAGAGGAUGCGGCAGGAGCAGCGUAGUCUGGCAUCAAAAGCCGCAGAGCUGGAGAUGGAGAUCAAUGAACACCAUUUAGUAAUAGACACCCUAAAAGAUGUCGACCCCUCUAGAAAAUGCUUUCGUCUUGUUGGAGGAGUUUUGGUUGAAAGAACGGUAAAAGAAGUUUUGCCAGCUUUGGAAAACAACAAAGAACAGAUUUCCAAAUAUAUUGAGACCAUUAACACACAAAUGCAGACAAAAGGUCGGGAGCUUACGGAGUAUAGGGAGAAGUACAACAUUCGAUUGGUCAGUGAAGGAGAGGCGGAAUCACAAGGCCAAACGGCAACCUCCACCCAGAACAGUGAAGGAGGUGCAUCGAAAAGUGGGACUGGUGUUUUAGUGUCUUAAUUUGUUAUAAAAGUUGACAUUAGCUAGAUCUAAAUUCUAUACUCAAACAUAGGGUUAAAGUCACCAGAUGAUGAUCAUACAUCUUUUCCACAAUCACUCAACUGUAUUGGGACAUGUCAAGUAAUUUCUACUUUAGUAAUUAUUUCAUUUGUAAGAACAAUGGUUUCUUUGCUACUCCAUUUCUGUGAAGCUGCCCUUUGAUGAAAAUGAGUGGCCGAAGCUUUACUGUCUGCAUGUUGGAAUGUUGGAAUAAAUUCAUAGACCUCACAGUAUCGACUUGUUAUUG